UUAAGUGAGGGGCGGUGAUCGAGGUUUCUCCUUUGCGUCCAGCCGCCGGGUGUUGUUUGGGUCGUUCCCCUGCAUCUCUGGUCACUGUUCACUGUAUACUUUCAAUGGCGUUGGGGGGACGGAACAGCGCGGCCUUUCCGCGGUGGUUCUAGAGGCUCGAGGUGGGAAGGAAACCCUGCAAGCUGGGCCACGCACGGGCGGUGGCUGCGCGGGAUCCCCGGGGGGCAGGUGAUUGACACCCACAAGUUGCGAAAGGCUGCUGGGGGAGGCUCGGUCCGGCGAGCGUCUGCGACUAGAAAAGGAGCGCCAGGUCCGCCCUGCCAGGAAGCGCGCCGGGGCGGCUCAGCCGGGCUGGGGAGGCGCGGGCGCAGGGCGUGCCCGGCCGGGCGGAGUCCGCUGCAGGUUUUCCCAGCCCAGCGGCUGCGAGGAGCUAGCUGGCCAGGGCCCCACAGGCUCCGCCGCUCCCUCCCGCCUCCUCCCCCUUCCCUGCCCACGGCCGGGGCGCCCCGCCCCUCGGCCUUAUAGCUAGCGGGGCGGGCACCGCGGCGCCCGGAGCGGCGCCGUCUCUGGGGCCCCGAUCGCCGGCCGCGUGCGGACGAGGAGCCGGCCGCGCGCCCCUCACCAUGGAGCGCAGCCCGGGUCCGGGUCGGGUCGCCGCCACCCCAGGCCACCGCCAGCGCCCUACGCGCCCGCUCUCCCUGCCUGUGCGCUGCGGGCCCCGACGCGUCCGCACCUCGAAGCCGACAUGAAGGAGCCCAGGGGCGACGGCGGGGGCGCCCCCUUCUGCACCCGCCUCAACCACUCGGACCCCGGCAUGUGGGCGCCCGAGCGCUCGGCCGAGGCUCGGAGCAACCUGAGCCGAGCGCCGCCGGGGCCGGGCGAGGACUGCGGCUCCGUGUCAGUGGCUUUCCCCAUCACCAUGAUGCUCACGGGCUUCGUGGGCAACGCGCUGGCCAUGCUGCUCGUGUCGCGGAGCUACCGGCGCCGGGAGAGCAAGCGCAAGAAGUCCUUCCUGCUGUGCAUCGGCUGGCUGGCGCUAACCGACCUGGUCGGCCAGCUGCUCACCAGCCCAGUGGUCAUCGUCGUGUACCUGUCGCAGCAGCGCUGGGAGCAGCACGACCCGUCGGGCCGGCUGUGCACCUUCUUCGGCCUCACCAUGACGGUCUUUGGGCUGUCCUCGCUCUUCAUCGCCAGCGCCAUGGCCGUCGAGCGCGCGCUGGCCAUCCGCGCGCCGCACUGGUAUGCGAGCCACAUGAAGACGCGCGCCACGCGCGCCGUGCUGCUCGGCGUGUGGCUGGCCGGGCUCGCCUUUGCCCUGCUGCCGGUGCUGGGCGUGGGUCAGUACACUGUCCAGUGGCCUGGGACAUGGUGCUUCAUCAGCACCGCGCGAGGAGGCAACGGGACCGGCUCCUCCUCCGCGCCCAACAGGGGCAACCUCUUCUUCGCCUCCACCUUCGCCUUCCUGGGGCUCCUGGCGCUGACGGUCACCUUUACCUGCAACCUGGCCACCAUUAAGGCCCUGGUGUCCCGCUGCCGGGCCAAAACGGCAGCGGCGCAGUCCAGCGCCCAGUGGGGCCGCAUCACCACCGAGACGGCCAUCCAGCUCAUGGGCAUCAUGUGCGUGCUGUCGGUCUGCUGGUCGCCGCUCUUGAUAAUGAUGUUGAGAAUGAUCUUCAAUCAGACCUCAGUCGAGCACUGCAAGACGCAGACUGAAAAGCAGAAAGAAUGCCACUUCUUCUUAAUAGCGGUUCGUCUGGCUUCACUGAACCAGAUUUUGGAUCCCUGGGUUUAUCUGCUGCUAAGAAAGAUCCUCCUUCGAAAGUUUUGCCAGAUCAGGUACCACACAAACAACUACGCAUCCAGGUCCUCGCCCUUGCCCCGCCAGUGGCCCUCAGCCUGGAUGUGGAGCGACCCCUUGGAGAGGUGAGACAGACAGAAGCUGCCGGAAUCUGGGGCGCAGCCUUGCCCUGGCUCCCUCUGCCCGGGGCUGGGCCUCCCAGGCAGACAAUCUCUAGGAAUUACCGUGCACAAUAAGCAGGCAUCCGUGGUGAAGGACGGCGGCUGGAGGACCUCGAGAAGCGAUUCCCGCUUUAAACUGCUACUUAAAGCAAUUCAGACGCAGGCUUCUCUGAGGCUGGCUCCAGGCUGGGUCUUAUGAAAUCAAUUCUCCUGCCACGAGAAAGCCUGCGUGUUCCUGGUUUUUCCUAAGAACCGUCUCCGGGGUAUUUUAAGGCUAAGUGACCGUUUUAAUUACACAUCAGAAGGCAGUGUGUUCACCGCAUGGCCAGCGCUCUUGUGCCUGCCCUCUGCAUGAGAUUGAUUCGGUAUGAAAAUGUGUGCUUCAGUGCACAAGCACUCUAGAGCAGGGAACAUCGUGCCGAGUGUGACGCAGGAUUGACUAUAUUGAAUUUCAAGCCUUCAUUUCCUCCCUCCAGCGCCUCUGUCCAGUAUUUCUGUGAGGGAACACAGGGCAACGGUGUUAAUUGAACUCAAGGUCCAGUUGGGUGUUAAUGAAUUGUGUGGCUUUUUUAAAGAGAGGAUGGGAGCGAAAUGUUCUAAUAAUUGUUUUUCAAGGAUAACACACUCCACUAGUCACAAAGUUGACCUUUGCAUUCAAAUGCAGCAUGAGCCCGCUGCCCGCAGCCCUCUCCCUAGCCAUCUACAAGUGCAAAGUCUUCUCUACAAAGGACACUGUGUCUGUACGUGGGGUCACACAGGCUGGCCAGCUUCCCCGGCCAUUUGGCUUCUUGUGGUUGAGAUAACUUGGAGAUCCGCACUGUGAUUCAGAGGAGGAACUGAAUAGCGUGAUUUUCAGCGGAAACACAGUUUGCGGCCAGGCCUGCAAGAUAGGGAUAUGCUGGACGACUCAGAACGUAGUUCACACGGUACGCGGUCAACAGUUUUCCUGGACUGUUCCUUACAAACCCUGUCCCUCUCCCUAAUAUCUAUCCGCUGUAGAUACUUACACCUCGCCACUGUUCUGCUGUCAGCACAGGUUCCCCCCGGAAAAAUGAAAUAAAAAGAGGGGAUAUAUUUUUUCCAUCUCUUUUUUGGGGUAGGUUCAUUCUACCAUUCUUUUUAUUUUUGGAAAUAAAUCUUAUUGUAUUUUCCCACACCAUAAAAAAGAAUCCAUGUUCCCUAUAGAACAGAAAAAUGAAAAAAAAAUUAUAAAGAUACUAAACUUUAGUUCCUUGAAUCAGGAAAAAGCCUAUUAUUGUAUUACAUAUUUUUCUAUUUUUCUCUGUAGUUUGUUGAUUUUGUCUUAUAUGCAUAUAUUACAGAUGUAUUAUUGAAUAUUGUUUUAUAUCAUUUAAUAUAAAAUAAGAAUUUCAUAGACUAUAAUUUCUUUGCAGAGUAAUUUUAAUAUUUACAUAAAAGUCUAUUAAAAGUGUAUACUGUAGUUCAACAUAACCAUAAUCUGUGGUCACAUUUAACACCAUGAUAAAUACUGCAUCAUUACCUAUGGGCUGAGAUUCAUAAGGAUAUUUUAUGUUUGUAAUUUUUUAACAUAAGAAGUCUUUACACAAUAGAUAAUGUGAGAUGCGUGUAGCAAGAUAGUUUUCCAAAUUAGAGAGACGGAAAAUUCUAUUAGCAAUGUGUCAAAGUUUCUGCUUUGCUUUACUGUUAGCAGCAUCGUAUAUGAUUAAAAAAUAAACACAACAUGUACUUUGUUGGACUGAUGGGACAAAAAUAUGUUUUACGGCUAUUUCACUUUGUAUGCCCUUCUUUUUAGACUCUAGUUAUACACUUAUUAGUGUGUGUUUUAUGAGGAGAUUAUUUGUCCAUUUGACUUACCUCUGAUUGCUUUAUUUAUAAAGCACGUGUAAUUAGUCCCAUCAGGAUGGCUUUGCAACAAGGGGAGCAUAUUUGUUGUUUAGGUCUGACUCCCAUACCACAAAAUUAGAAAGAAAUCUCUGUACUCACUGCAUCUUUCCUUCUCUAUUCUAGCAGAUAAUGAAAAGAGCAGAGCUGGACUUUUUUAUACAAUCCCUGCCUUCCUGAGUUUGUGUAUUUCUUCCUGCCUCAGAAUGCGAAUUUUAUGUUUUCACUUUGCAUCAAAUCUUUAUUUUUGUCUCAUUUUUUAUUUCAACGUCUUUCUUGGUUGUCAUACAUACUGGGACCGGUUUCAUCCUAUAGUCCAUGCCUCUGAGUGUGAAGUUGACUUCUUUGAUGGACCCUGGGCAAACUUCUAAGAACCAGAGCAGUUUUGCACAGGUGAUAGUUGGUGGGAAAAAUGAACAAGAGGUUCCUAGCCCAGGACUUUUCUCCAACUUCAGACCUUUACCUGAAUUAGAAAGCUGUGGAAACCUUUCCAUAGACUUUACAAUAUAAGUUUCACAAUACAAGCUUGAAAAAUCAGGGUAAGUUUUUGACAGUAAAAUGCAAACACACUGGGAGCAAGAAUUCCCUUGGUAGGACAUGCACUUAAUAGGGUAGAAAAGCACUUUUAAUGCAAUAGUGAAGCCAGAGAACACCAUGACAGCGCGUGUUUACGGCGAGUGUGUGAUUAACACAGUGGAGACACUGCGCCCACUGGGAAAUGAUUGGGAAUACAAGUUCCUAAAUUUACUUGCUGGUUAUGGGUCAUUAGUAAGUCAGGAAUCUGCUUAAUUGCUAUUUCUUCUGCCUUGAAAGAAAAAAGGAGGCCAGCUAAGGGCACUCUUGAAGUCCCAUAAACAGUUACGAGGCUGCAUGAUUAACUAUUCAGCUAGAGGAAUAAAAUCUCCAGACACAGCCCUCUGACUCCUUAGCUUAUUCUUGAAUAAUGAUCAAUUCAGGAUUCUUUACAUGUUCCCCUCAGGUCACAUACCAGAGGCUAAAUUAAUCACAGACCGUUAUUCUGUAUGAAAUUUUACUUUUUUAUGAAGUAAAAGGAUUUCGUUUGUAUUGAAACAAAAAUUCUGCAAAAAUUUUACAAACUACUUGGAGUCAUCUUAGAUUCUCAGCUGACAUAUUCUUUCCUGCUUUUAAAUCCAGCCAACCUUCUUUCCUCUUGCCUUUCUCUUUUUCUCUCUUCCCUCCCCAUUCACUUAGUUCAGCACUUGUGUGCAGGGUCACCCUUUGAGACACUGUGCCCAGGGCCAUGCUGUCACCUGCACGGACCUCUUAGAAGAGAUAAAACCAUGGACCCAGCUGUGUAACGACAGGGCCCACACUGUGAAUCCACUGUGGCGUCUGUCAGCUUGAUUAAACAAUGGCCACAUCAUUCUUAAAAAUCUGGACUGCUUAUGAAUAAAUUAGCUGCAAACUACAAUUGUUUUCUUUCAAACCCAUUUUUGAAAUGGUUGUUAACAGAGUGUUGGUGCUAUACACCACCUUCUUUUUCAGCUUUAAGGUCAAUGAAUUUUACCAAGCACACAGUAUUUUGCCACCAUUGUAUGCUGUCUACGCCCCCUCAUCUUAGCUUUGCAUAACUGUGACAAAAUCCCUGAGAAAAACCAACUGAAAAGAUAAAGGAUUGAUUUUGGCUCACAGUUUGCAGAGGUUUCAGUCCAUGGUCACUCCGUCCUUUCUUUGAUCAUGGCAGGAAAUCAUGGUGGAGCAGAGCUGCUCACGUCUCACUGGGAAGCACAGAGGGAAACAGGAAGAGGCCAGAGUUCCAGUGCCCUCUUCAGGGACACGACACAGCUACCUCACCUCCUCUUCAAGGAUACACUCCUAGUGACCUGAUUUUCUCAUCAAGGAUAGUCCCCCCAGUUACCCAACUUCUUUCCACUAGGUUGAGUCUCCAAAAAGUUCUAUCCUUUCUUUUACCCAAAUUAGAACACAUGAGGAGAUCUUUCUAUUCACGGUUUGACUUUCCAAUAUCAGCUUGAAAAUGCUUUAAUGCUCUCAUAGACUGAACACCAAGGCUUAGCACAUGGCCUUGGCAGGGCUUUCAGCACCCAAACCUUAGCACACUUACCUGAUCAUCAUCCAUCUAUGUGCUUACCUAGCAUGGUCCACUUAUUAUUUAAUCUUUACAAAAGAGCCAAUUUGUAGAAGGUUUGCCUGAUGUUACACAGCUAAGAUAAAUAACAAUUCAGAUUCAAGUGCAAGUUUCUUUUUAUUCCCAGUGUACUUUUCUUCCUAUAAGACAAUCCAGUGUAACAGUGACAUCAUGGGUUUUAGAGUCCAACUUGCAUUUUAAUCUGUCUAUGCCACUUGUAAGCUCAAUGACCUUGGAAAAGUUAAUUAAUCUCAUCAAGUUGCAAUAAAGUAAUCUAUAAACAAAAGAUAAUAACAUUUACCUGUGGGAUUAUGAUGAUAAUGUACAGAAAGAACAUGUAGGGCAAUAAUCAGUUAAGUAUUAACAGUGUUUAAUCCUUAUUCCAGAUUUAUCUCCAACUGUUUAAUGAGUUUUUAAUUUUUGCUAUAAACUGGUUCCCUCAUGUAUGGGUUUAAAUAUCAUGGGCAGAAUAAAAUUUAAACACAUA